UUUGUUUUGGUUCUUGUUGUCACAGAAAAAUUCUUGUAGAGAAACAUUUCUCAAAAAUUCUUAUUUUUCUCACAAAAUCUGCCUAAAACUAAUUAGGAAACAAUGUAUCUGGACAGAGUAACCAACGACAGGAAGCUUUACCUUUGCAGAUGGUAUUUUAGAGCUGGAUUCGCUCUGCUUCCCUUUGUCUGGGCAAUUAACACUAUCUGGUUCUUCAGUGAGGCUUUCCGGAAGCCCGCUUACGAGGAGCAGGCUCAAAUAAAGAAAUACGUUACGUACUCAGCAUUGGGCUCUUUCAUUUGGCUAAUUGUCAUCAUACUCUGGGUAACCACCUUCCAGAUGCACAGAGCAGAAUGGGGGGAAUUCGCUGAUCGGAUCAGUUUUAUCAUUCCCCUGGGCAGAGCAUAGAGAAUCCCUCUCAUUUUAUGUGAUUUUACCAUUAAAACAUUUUUUUUGUAUUUAUAAUAAAAUGUCCUUGAAAAUGUC